ACAAAAUUAGCUGAUAUUUCCCUACACAAAAAAGGCCAAAAACCGUUGCUAACACAAACACAAAAAAGAAAAAAAUGUAAUUGAAAAUAAAAUUGAAAACAAAGAAGCAAAGAGAGUUUGCGAAAAAGCAAGGAAAAGAAGCCUUGUGCUCUCUUUUUUCCCUUUUCUUGCUGCCUCUGCUAAGCAUCUUUUCUUCACUUUUCCCUGUGCUUUUGCCCCUCUCUCUCGCUCCCUUCUCUCUCUCCUGGAAUAUAAUUCCCUCGCAGUUUUCUCUCUUUUGUUUCUCUCGUCCUCUGAUCCCUUCUCCCUUCUUCUCCAACAAUUUGCUGCUUAUUUAUUUGUCUCUUCCUGUCUUUCCAAGCACUUGUUUCUUUGAUCAGUAAAGUCCAAUUCCUUUUCUUUUUUUGCCACCCUUUCAAUUUCUAUUUUAAAUUUCCCACCUUUUCAAUCCAAAUUAGCUGGCAAAUUCUUGUGCUUUGGAAUUUACAGUGCCAAUCAUUUCUGGGUUCUCUUGAUCAUAUUGUAAAAAUUUAGUCUUGAAUUCAGUUUCUUGCUGACUUCUUUUUUUUUUGUUCAAAUUGUCUAGAUAUCUGUACUUUUUUUUUUAAUUCUCCUUGUUGUAUAACUCACUGUGAAAAUUUCUUUCUUGAGCCUCAAAUCCUUGAAUUUAGUCACUCACUCUCUUUGUUUUUUUGUUUUCUUCAAAUGGUCUAAAUCUCUUACUUUUCUUUGAGUUUCUUGAUCGAAGUUUUAAACUUCCUUGAUUUUUAAGUGAUUUCUUGAAUUCUCUGUUUUGGGUUUUGUUUCCAUGGGACUUUGUCAUGGAAAACCCAUUGAGCUCCAAAAAAAUCAAUCCAAAAACAACACACUCUCCAUUGAAACAGACUCAACACAGCCAGCAAAUUCACACACUAGCAAGACCUCAAACUUUCCCUUUUACAGUCCAAGUCCAUUACCAAGUCUCUUCAAGACUUCACCUGCUAUAUCAAGUGUAAGCUCCACUCCUUUGAGGAUUUUCAAGAGGCCUUUUCCACCUCCUUCUCCUGCAAAGCAUAUACGUGCAUUACUUGCAAGAAGGCAUGGCUCUGUUAAGCCUAACGAAGCUUCAAUUCCUGAGGGAAGUGAAAGUGAUAUUGCUUUGGACAAGAAUUUUGGGUUUUCUAAGCAGUUUGUGAGUCACUAUGAGCUUGGUGAGGAAGUGGGGCGUGGACAUUUUGGGUAUACUUGCUCUGCUAAGGCAAAGAAAGGGAGCUUGAAAGGCCAGGAUGUGGCGGUCAAAGUUAUUCCGAAGUCCAAGAUGACCACUGCAAUUGCUAUAGAGGAUGUGAGACGUGAAGUGAAAAUAUUACGGGCUCUAACGGGACAUAAUAAUCUAGUACAGUUCUAUGAUGCAUACGAAGAUGAUGACAAUGUCUAUGUUGUAAUGGAGUUGUGCAAAGGCGGUGAAUUAUUGGAUAGGAUACUCUCAAGGGGUGGAAAAUACUCAGAAGAAGAUGCAAAGACUGUUAUGGUUCAGAUAUUAAGUGUGGUUGCCUACUGCCAUCUCCAAGGUGUUGUCCAUCGUGACUUAAAGCCUGAGAAUUUUCUCUUUACCACCAAGGAGGAGAAUUCCCCAUUGAAAGCCAUUGAUUUUGGACUCUCUGACUAUGUAAAGCUAGAUGAGAGGUUAAAUGACAUCGUGGGAAGUGCAUAUUAUGUAGCUCCUGAAGUUCUACACAGAUCAUAUGGGACUGAGGCAGACAUGUGGAGUAUUGGUGUAAUUGCUUAUAUUCUUCUAUGUGGUAGCCGACCGUUUUGGGCCCGGACAGAAUCUGGCAUCUUUCGAGCUGUUUUGAAAGCAGAUCCAAGCUUUGAUGAAGCUCCUUGGCCUUCUUUAUCCCCUGAAGCAAUAGAUUUUGUGAAGAGACUGUUGAACAAGGACUAUCGGAAGAGACUAACCGCUGCUCAGGCUCUGAGUCACCCAUGGCUGGCUAAUCAUCAUGACUUAAAAAUUCCAUUGGAUAUGAUAGUAUACAAGCUUGUAAAAGCUUAUAUAAGCUCAUCUUCUCUUCGGAAAUCUGCAUUGGGGGCUCUGGCGAAGACAUUAACAGUUGCUCAGCUAGCUUACCUGCGGGAACAAUUUACACUGUUGGGGCCAAGCAAAAAUGGCUUCAUUUCUAUGCAGAACUUCAAAACAGCUGUAAUAAAGCACUCUACAGAUGCUAUGAAGGAUUCCAGGGUCCUUGAUUAUGUUAAUAUGAUUAGUACUCUUCAAUACAGAAAAUUGGAUUUUGAAGAAUUUUCUGCUGUUGCCAUAAGUGUGCAUCAGCUGGAAGGAAUGGAUUGUUGGGAGCAACAUGCUAGGCGUGCCUAUGAGUUGUUCGAGAAGGAUGGCAACAGACCGAUUAUGAUAGAGGAGCUUGCCUCGGAACUUGGCCUUAGCCCAUCAGUACCAGUUCAUGUGGUUCUCCAGGACUGGAUAAGACAUUCAGAUGGGAAACUAAGCUUCUUGGGGUUUGUCAGGCUUCUCCAUGGAGUUUCUUCACGAACAUUUCAGAAGGCUUGAAAUGAGUCCUGCCAACACGAACUAUUUUGUCCACUGUCCUUGUUCACCAAGAACUGCGAUGUCAACGGCAUGAUCACCCAAAACAGUCUCAUGCUCUCUUGAUCAUCACAAAGGGUGCUGUAAGCUGAAACUUCAGUCAAUACUGCAUGCCCUGCCGAUGAAGCCAAUGCAUGAUGUCUUGUUAAGUAUGUUUUCCACCUUUUUUUUCUUGACCUAUAUAAGUCUUUUUUUUUUUUUCUCUAUGAUUGGUGCACCUGGGAUUAGAGGAUUGUACAGAUGAGGGUAGAUCAGAAAAGUGUAUUUAGGGUUAGCAGACAGCUUUAAACUUGAAGUGAGUUGUGUUUUUGGGUCUAUCCUUGUGUACCCAUCGCACUAAGUUUUCUAAUAAAUCCUUCAUGUGAUCUGCAUGAAGUUAUCAAA